UGUUUACUUCCGGAUAUUCCAAAGGGAUUUCCCUCUUGUAGCUUUUCACUGAGGUCAAACAUUUUGAGCUUGAUCAUGGAAGUUAAGAAGCUUGACAGUUUAGACAGUGUGCCCCCGUAUGGAUGUUGUGCAUUUUUCUUACAGAAGAAGAGGCGAUUCUGCAAAUUUAGACCGAACACAGGACAAAAAUACUGUGCUGAGCACGCCUGUGUUAUGGGGGUUCAACUGGAAAGAAAACGGAUACCAUGUCCUCUGGAUCCAAAACAUACCUGUUAUGAAGACAGUCUGGAAAAACACUUAAAGAAAUGUAACAAGAGUGUCACAAAGAAUACUGUUGAGUGCUACCACCAGCAGGGGAUCAAUGCCGGCAAUGACGACGGAGACGCUGCCCCUGAACCCAAGGUUACAGUGUGUACUGUGAAGGAUGAGGAACUGCAGAAUCUGAUUGACAGAGUGAAUAAAUUAUACAAUGAACACAUACAGGACAUUAAGUCCGACAUCCUCAGCCACAGCUGUCUGAGGGAAGAGUUGGAGAAUCCUUCAUAUGGUACACCGGCAUUGAGACAUCGCAAACAGCAGGCCUCACUAGUCGGCCACCUAGACAAGCUGCAGCUGCUCAAAGAUGGCGUCUGCUUUGUGGAGAUGGGUGCAGGAAAAGGUCAGCUGUCUCACUGGGUACAGAGAGCAGUGGAGAAGUGUGAUAAAGUCUCCUUUGUGUUGGUGGACAAAGGCACGAUCCGAUACAAACUUGACAACCAGCACAGAGAAGAACAAGGACCCAAGUUUGAAAGGCUCAGGAUAGACAUUGAACACUUAAAUUUGGGGAAGUACAACACAAUCUCAGCAGAUGACCACCGUCCAGUGGUUGCCAUGGGGAAACACUUGUGUGGUGCAGCCACAGAUCUAGCUUUGAGAUGCCUGCUGGAAACGCUUCCCAAGUCAGAUGACAACAAAACCUGCGAACAAUCUCCUUCCAAGAAACCCAGAAAAGAGCAUAAAAGCAGACUACCCUCGGGUGUAGUGAUAGCACUGUGCUGUCAUCACAGAUGUACAUGGAAGGCGUAUGUCGGCAAGGAGUUCAUGAAGCACUGUGGGAUAUCAGCCCGGGACUUCCAGCUGCUUAGCAGCAUGAGCAGCUGGGCCACCUGCUGGAGGAAGACAUGGAAGGGCUGGAGGAAGACAGGCAUCAAGCAGCAGGAGCAGAAGAACAGGCCAGGGGAGGAUGUCGAGGACAGCACUACAGACGAGCAUGACAUCGAGGCUGCAGACAUCAACAGUGCUCAGACGUCUGGUUUGAAGCUGAAUGAGACUGAGAGAGAGGAAAUUGGGCGAAGGUGCAAGAGCCUCAUUGACUACGGACGCAUCAAAUACCUCCAACAUCAUCACAUGGACAGCAACCUACGUGAAUACAUCGAUCAUCACCUCACUCCAGAAAACAUUGUCCUGAUUGCUAAACCUUUCUAAAAUUGAAUGCACUGAUAUACCAUACACAAUUUCAUUUUUCAUGGAAUCUUGAAAAUCUGUCCUUUUCAUUAACACAACAGUGUAAUUUAUUACAAAUAUAUGUUAUUUUUUGUCAUCCAGUUUCUAAUAGACAAUUGUAUUACCAAUACCACAACAAACAUCUCCCAUACUUUAACCUAGAUGUAUGAUGUGGUUCUGCCAUUUUGGAGCCCUGAAGGGUUCCCUGUUUACAAGCGGCAGUAACCUGACUCAGUACUGCCCCCUAUGAUUUUGACUUAGGAAGUCAGUCAUGUUGUUUUGGCUGUUACACCAUGAUGCCUGUACUUCCCUGAAGCUUAUAAGGUGCAGUGCAGAUAGGAUGGGGAUCUAUAAAGAAUACUCAGUGGGAUAGCUCUAUGCUGUGUGUAACAAGUCAAAAUCAAAAUUGUGUCUCGGGACCAGCUGAGUAUUGGUUUCCGCAGCUUGUUGGUAUGAAAUGUACAUACUCUGGCUUGUGUUGAAUGUUGCAAGCCAUGAACAAAGGUGUGGUAUACAUGUGUAAAACCUUCUACCAGCAGGUGUCCUUCUUACUGCCAGCAUUAUCCCUGUUUUGCCGCUGGGCUGGCCUGAUUUCAUUUUGUAGAAAAGCAAUUGGUUGUAAGAAUAUGUUUCACACAUUACUUAAGAAUUCCUUUUUAAUGAUGGUACAAGUUAACAAGUUCCAUGACCACAGUAAAAGUUUGAAUUUGUCUUUUUACAUCUUGAGUCCAUUUACUUUUUUCAUUAAGACCAAUAAUAAUAUAUAUGUUAUUACGUUGUUUCCUUUCCUCCUUGCUGCCGCUCGUGAUUUUAUUGCUCCUUGAUUCAUAAGCAGAUCCAGAGGGGGAUGUGUGUGUGUGUGAGCACCCCCCACCUCCUUUCUCCUGAAAGUUUGUCAAAUGACCAUUGAAACUCUCGUGACAAAAAAGCUCUGUCCACCCCUGAUGAUUUCAUUGCCCCUUUUGGAGAAAAUUACUGUGUUUCCUUGUUUGUUUAAUUGGUGGAAUAUAAGUUUCAUAGUCAAUUCAAACAUUCAUGAUUUAUGUUAAUUCAGUCAGUUGACAAUGUUCACAAAACCUUGAGCAGAUUGUUUCAGAAACAUAAUACAUGUAUACAUUAAUUACUAUGCAUACUGCCUCACCUGGAAUACAAGGUUUGAUAUUUCAUAUGAAGUUGGUUAAUACUCGUUAAGGAUGGGAGGUGACCAUUUCCAUGGAUACACUUCAUAUUCACUUUCAUGUAAACAUUUUUUAAGAACUAUGGGCACAAACAAUCCACAGCUGCCAACAGUGUGAAUCCCAUCCAUUCUAGAGGGUUUAUAUUGUAAAAUUUGUUUUUGUCUUUGUAUAAUGUAUUAACUUUACAUGUAUAGAAGAUAUUGGAUAGGGACAUGCUGUCUGAUUGCUGGUUUGUUGUGUGUGCUGUGUGGUCAUGCAGUCUCAAAUGGAAAUAAAUGUUUUAAUUGUCA